CGGGCCUGUAUAUAACGUAGAUCACAACGAUCACGCGUCAGUUGCCUUCGGCGGGCCCACUCACGCGUACCGUUUACACCGCGUGGCUGCAGUGCAUGUGUAUAUACCCACACUGCUUCUCAGUGUGUCUCUACGGCGAGUUUUUCACAGAUCAGAGGUUCACAGGUGACAUAAUUGUGCCUGAAUACAGCUAGCGGAAUACGCCGAGAAGAGGAUUAAAAAGGACGGGAGAGAAGAGGUUAAGGUUCCUGAACUGCGAGUACCUAUAUAUACUUACCACAUGUUACUUACCACGACUGCAGAAGAACGCCGUCUGCUGUGACAGGAAUACGCUGAGUGGAGCAAUCGAUCGUCACGAGUCCGAGCGUCAACGUCAACGAUUAUAGAAGAUUUGUGUCCCGUUAUCUAGUGCCAAUUAAACAUGCAAUUUGCAGUGUGAAGGAUCAAGAUAAAGUGUCAUUAAUUCCUGAAAGUGUAAAUACCGAUCAUUCCACCUAAUCGAGAUUCUUGGAACCUGAAUGGAUGCUACUGGGCAUCCGAUGAGACGCUACGAUCAUGGACAAUACGAAAGUUACUCAUAAUCCCAAUCCGAGGGAAAAUGCCAACACGUUUUCAGUUCUAUUCUGGUGGUGGACGGUUGGCUUGUUCAAAAAGGGCUACAGCAAGGUUCUCGGACCGGAGGACCUCUACGAUCCAGUGAGCACUGACAGGUCCGCCGUACUGGGUGAUCGGUUGGAAAAACGAUGGCUGGCCGAAGUUUCGAACGCGAGGAAAGUGCAAAGGCGACCGAACCUCUUGAAAACAGUCUUUCGAACGUUCCUUUUCGAGUAUUUUAUCCUGGGAUUGAUUCAGAUACUCAACGAGUUUGUUUUGAGGUUGGGCACACCAAUACUACUCGGCGCUCUGCUCAGGCACUUCAAACCAGAGCCGACGACUACCUACGAGGCGGCGCUAUGUUACGCCGGUGGAAUAUCAAUCGCCAUAGCCAUAAACGCUAUUACCAUGAACCAGGGUCUUUUCGAUGCGUUUCACAUUGGAAGCAGGAUCCGCAUUGCCGUCUGCUCCAUUGUUUAUAGAAAGGCACUGAAGCUAAAUCUCACUGCUCUCGGCGAGACGGCUCCAGGCAAGGUGGUGAACCUCGUGGCGAACGAUGUCAACCGAUUCGACCUGGUCUCGAUUACCCUUCACCACAUGUGGUCGGCGCCGAUAUCCGCCGUCAUCAUCUCGUACUUCCUCUACCGCGAAGCUGGUUGGGCUGGGCCAAUCGGCAUGAUCGCCGUCUUCAUAGUCGCUCCUAUCCAGUCUUACACCGGCAAGCUGUCCUCGAAGUUCCGUCUGCAAACGGCGAUAAAAACCGACGAGCGAGUCAGACUGAUGGACGAGAUAAUCUCCGGCGUUCAAGUGAUCAAAAUGUACGCCUGGGAGAAACCCUUCUGCGCACUGGUGGGUCUGGCUCGUAAGCUCGAGCUUAGGGUCGUCCGGAAGGCUUCCUACAUCCGAGGCAUCUACAUGACCUUCAAUCUGUUCACGACACGUUGCGCGCUCUUCAUGACCCUACUGACGCUGAUGCUGUCCGGUGAAAACCUCACCGCUGAUAAGGUCUUCGUCUUCUCGUCCUACUUCAACAUCCUCGCGCAGACCAUGACCGGUAUGUUUGUGCGUGGCUUCGCCGAGAUAGCCGAGUGUCUCGUCGCGUUGAGGCGACUCCAGACCUUCUUGACUUUCGAGGAGUUCCAGACCGGUAACGUCACCAACGAUCUGCUCUUCUCGACAAGCAACGGAAGCGUCAACAUAGAUUCCAAGUACAAUUCGACCAGGAGUCUUAAGCAGGAUCUGCCGUACAUCGACGAGGAUGUGGGCUACGGCGAUAGAUCGGCCAAUAGGGACCAGAAUUUGGCUGUGUUGGCGAGCGAUUUGCUGAAGAAGCAGGCCAAUGGCGAUGCGAAAGAUGGUUAUCACGUUAACAAUAUCAGCAGUAGUAACCAUAACCUCGAUUCUCGUGAUACCUGGGCGGUGAAACUUGACCAUGUUACGGCCAAAUGGGAGAUCCACUCAUCGGAGACGACCCUCGAGGACGUCAACCUGGAGGUGGAAAAAGGCAAGCUCUACAUAGUCAUCGGAAUGGUUGGCUCGGGCAAGAGUUCCCUUCUUUCCACUGUCCUCGGCGAGAUCAACCUGAUCGAGGGUAACGUCAGGGUCAAGGGUGGCAUCAGCUACGCCAGUCAAGAGGCCUGGGUCUUUGGCUCCAGCGUCAGGCAGAACAUCAUCUUCGGCCAAGAGUUCGACAGACAGAGAUACCAGAAGGUGGUUAAGGCUUGUGCUUUGCAGAAAGAUUUUAAACAGUUUCCUCACGGUGAUCAGACCAUCGUUGGAGAGAGAGGAGGCUCGUUAUCCGGAGGACAGAAAGCUAGGAUCAAUUUGGCGAGGUCGAUCUACAGGCAGGCGGAUAUCUACCUACUGGAUGAUCCGUUGAGUGCGGUUGACACCCACGUCGGCAAGCACUUGUUCAAAGACUGCAUUCAGAAGUACCUGUAUGGCAAGACUCGCAUUCUGGCGACGCAUCAGCUUCAGUUCAUCAAAGGCGCUGAUGCAAUCAUCCUUAUAGACCAGGGUAAAAUCAAGCAGUACACCGACUAUCACAAACUGCUCACUGCACACCCAGAAUACGGUACUCUCAUUGCCGAGGAAAAGGCUGGAGAUACGAGCGAUGACUCCUCCAUUGAAAGAUCUCACAUCAGACGGCAGUUCUCUUCGUCCAGUACCAGAAGUCGAACACCGAAUCCCAGCGGUGGGGAGACGGACGGAGAAGACGAGGAGGCGGACCAAGAGCAGUUGGCUGACAAGAUCGAGGGAACGUCUCGUGGUGCCGUAAAGGGUAGUCUUCUGGUGGAAUACUUUAGAGUUGGAUCGAACAUCAUGUACUUGGGCGUGAUAAUAUUCUUGUUUCUCAUUACCCAGUGCGUAACUAGCUUCAACGAUUACUUCGUCACAAUACUUGUAACCGCCGAAGAAUCCCGAGCCUACUACAAAGACCUCCACGAGCAGGAGCAAAAUGGCACAGAGUUAAUAGUGAGACGUAACGCCACAGUUCUGGACGAGGCGGACCUGUACCCGCGAAAUAACUACAUCUACGUAUACUCGGCUGUCGUCUUCUCGAUUUUCUUCAUAGGCAUGAUCCGUUCCAUUACCUUUUACAACAUCUGUUUGAGCUGUAACCAGCGUAUUCACGACCUCGUUUUCGGUGCUCUCAUUCGUGCGAAGAUGCGAUUCUUCGAUACUAACCCCAGCGGUAGAAUCCUCAACAGGUUCUCGAAGGAUAUGGGAGCUAUCGAUGAGUUACUGCCAAAAGCGAUGCUGGACGCGGGCCAGAUCAUCCUCGCGAUGGUUGGUGCGAUCGUGGUAGCCUGCGCCGUCAACCCUAUCUUCCUGGUGCCUCUUUGUGCCAUCGCGAUUGUGUUCUUCUUUAUCAGAAGGGUCUACCUGAAGACUAGCAAGAACGUGAAGAGGCUUGAGGGAAUGACUCGAUCCCCAGUGUUCACACACCUUAACGCAACUCUCAACGGCCUGUCCACUAUAAGAGCCUAUAACGCUGAAACUAUUCUUAAGAAGGAGUUCGAUAAGUUCCAGGACGUGCACACUUCCUCUUGGUACAUGUUCAUCGCGACGAGUAGUGCCUUCGGCUUCUCCCUCGACAUCUGCUGCUUCAUCUUCACCACUUUGGUGACCUUCAGCUUUCUUCUUUUAGAAGACAACUUCUCGGGAGGUCAGGUGGGUCUGGCGAUAACGCAGGUGAUGGCGUUGACGGGUAUGGUCCAGUGGGGAAUGCGUCAAAGCGCCGAGGUGACGAACCAGCUGAUGUCCGUUGAGCGAGUCCUCGAGUACACCGACCUGACGCCUGAGCCUAAUCUAAGAGACAAAGGCAUGUUGAUGAAAAAGAAGAAGAAAGCUGCACGGGAGAUCGAGGAGAGUAUAGCCGAGACGCCCAAAGACUGGCCCAGUCAUGGUUGCAUUGAAUUUAAGGGAGUUUACAUGAGGUACGCCGAGGAAGAACCCCCGGUGCUCAAGGGACUUACGCUCAGGAUCAAGCCUACGGAGAAGGUCGGAAUCGUUGGAAGAACGGGAGCCGGAAAGUCGUCCCUCAUUUCCGCUCUGUUCAGACUAGCCAUGGUCGAUGGUGUCAUAGAGAUCGACGGAAUCGAUACCGGGACCAUCGCGUUAGAGGACUUGCGCAAAAACAUCUCGAUCAUUCCCCAGGAUCCCGUUCUGUUCUCGGGAACUCUACGUCGCAAUUUGGAUCCUUUCAACGAAUUCUCCGACCAGCUUCUGUGGGCAGUUUUGGAAGAGGUCGAACUGAAAGACGCCGUGAUAGCAAGCGGUCACGGCCUAGAUAAUCGAGUUCUCGACCGCGGCUCGAAUUACAGCGUCGGACAGCGUCAGCUGAUCUGUUUAGCUCGAGCUAUUUUGCGAAACAAUCGCGUACUGAUGCUGGACGAGGCGACGGCCAACGUCGACCCGCAAACCGACGCCCUGAUCCAGCGUACCAUUCGUACCAAAUUCGCGCCUUGUACCGUACUGACGGUGGCGCAUCGAUUGAAUACCAUUAUGGAUAGUGAUAAAGUGCUUGUUAUGGAUAGAGGACGACUUGUGGAAUACGAUCAUCCGCACAUUUUACUGCAAAAAUCACACAGCCAAUUCACAUCGCUGGUGAGGCAAACCGGCCGUGCCAUGUUCGAGCAGCUGUGCAAAGUCGCGCGUGAGGCUUACACAGCCAAGCACAAAAACGACUGAUCAUUACGAUGGCUUGAGAAUUACGUAUCUGACAAUAGCAAUCUACGGUCACUGCUAUGAAGCUUCAAUUCUUGUCUACAGAGGAACAGAUCUUUGAUAGGGAUAAAGAUAUUAUAUACAUAUUAUUGUGAUAUGUAUGAGAGGAGAUUGUCAAUUUGCGCGGAAGACGAUUUUCGAUAGGUCUUGAUAUAUAUACACACAUACACACUUAACUGUAAGUUACAUUUUGUACAUACAACUAUUUAAGUCUGGAUGAAUGACUACUGUAAAUUCUGUUGAGUUUGAAAAGUAUGAUUGAUAUAUGUAUAGAAACCAAAAACGCUGACGCUUUUCGUCAGAUAUAUUUUACGAAUCUAGCAAGAAGUAUUAUAAUGUUGCUUGUAUAAGAAGAGAUUUCUAUCAAUUCCGUGAAAAUAUUUCAAUUAAUGUAUCUAACAAUUAUUGCACAUGUAAUGUAGAACGUAGUGUAUGUCGUUUAACGAUUUUCAGGUGUUAAAAUGUGAUAAGGUAAGCAUGUUUAAUAACUUGGAAGUAUAGUGCAACUAAAUGCGACGACUCAGCAUGAUACAAUCGCGAAAAAGAACAGUAAAGUUCUUGCCUUAAAGAGAUACUUAUUUUUUAUAUAGUUUUUCGAUAAAAUACUACUGCCAAAAGAUACCUACUCGUACUUUCGUACAUUUAUAUCUAUAUACCAACAUGAUCCAAGCAUUGUUUGUACCUUGAAAAUUUGUAUAUCGAUUUCUUACGAUAAUUUAAAUAUGUAACUGUAUUAAAUGUAACAUAGACUGUACUUAUAGGAAUAUAUAUUUUUUUCUAAUAUUUAAAUUUAAUUAAAAGUGUACAAAGAUUAUGCGUCGAUUAAAUUAUGCGAGAAUUAGACGUUAUUUUGUUGAAAAUAUGAGUAUUCAUAUCAAUAUAAACAUUAUUUUAUAUAAGGGCGUCUUUACUCUUGUAUGAAAAUUAUAAAAUAAAUUGAUUAAUUGUUUUAAACAUUUUGGGGUUUGAUAAUGAUUAAAAACCAUAUAAGAUUCAUAAUUUUUAUUUUCGUUACAGAUAAUAUGCAGACGAAUACAGAUUUUACAAAACCAAUUUUGCAUGAAUCAAAAGACGCAUGCAAGAUUUGAGUAUAGGUGUGCAGAUCAAGGCGCAGAAUUACUUUUCAAUAACUCAUUAAUUAAUUUAACAUGAAGUUUCAAUUCAAUUUUAUACAAAAUAACAAUAAGACAGAAUGCGCAAUAAAAAGUAAUUCUGCGUUAUUUUGCACAUUAAUAAUUUUUCCAACGAAAUUUCAUCAAUGCACAUACUUUAUACAUUAAAUCCCGUUGAAAUACUCAAUGCGGUACACUUUUAUCCGUAGAAUCCUAGUAAUUAUUACUCCGUCAGACUUUAAAAAGUUGAAUCGCAUUAUUUAGGACCCAUCACUUUUUCCUGAUUAUAUACAAAGUAAAGUGCAAAACAUUUUUCUCCUUUUCUUGUAUCUCUCAAAACAAAUUACACUUUUACGUUAGUUUUUAUCGUUAUUUACUGUUAUAUAUAAAAUCUUAUUGUUUUUGUCAUGCUAUCCUACCCUGCCUGUUAAUAUAUAAACGUACUAUAGCUGGAAAAAAAUAUGAGUGAUAUUGUUUAUACUGGAGAAAUACUUUGCAAAAGACAAAGAAUUCGAGUAAAAUGUAGCAGGUGUAACUUUUCGAUUAUGUGUUAAAAACAAAUGCUUUUAUAAUGCUUGAAACCCACGUCAAUGGGAAAUACGUCACCUGUUUCUUGAAUGAUAAAUUACAAGAGAACAGAGUCACUUUAUUCUACAAAAUCAGUGUUUAGAAGGAAAUUAAGAAAACGUUAUCAGUAAAAAUUAUCAAGACUGGUCAGAUGUUUGCUUAAUUCAUAUUUACCAGAUCGUUUGUCGAAAAACCCAUUACGUGGAAAAAAAGGUAAUUUUGAUAAAAAUUAAAAAAUAAAUUUAUUUUUGUUUUAAUUUACAAUUUCAUAAUAUAUACAGAGAGAUCAUUACAUUUAUAAAACUUUUAAAACGGUUUAGGAAUAACCUAAAUCAUUUUUCAAUUCUGUCAAUGGCCUUAUCCAUUCUGAAAAAUAGAUCCUCGGUACUGCAAUAAUAAAGAAUAGCAAAUGUACAAUUGGAAUAGUUAAGAAAAUAAAUUAAAAAAUUACGCGUUUAUUUAUUUUUUUCUUUAUAAUUUUUACUGAAAAUAUUAUCUCAAUACCCAAAAGCAUUUUUCAAAUAAUUUCAAAUGAAAAUGUUAAGAAGAGAGAUACUUUUACGUAUAAAUUAAACAAUAAAAAUAUAAAAAAAUUGGCUACAUAAUUUCAGUGCAACUCUGUCCUCUGUCUAAGAUCGCGUCACAGUUUCGCGAUCACGUGGAAGAGCUUUUUUUUCUCAUUCAAUCUCCUCUGUUAUCCGUACUUUAACAUGCGGUAUAUCUUUCACUUUAUAUACUCGUUCGCAUACAUAUAUAUUGCGCUCAGGCGUGAAACUUUCAAAUAUACAAUUUUUGGUUCUAAUCGAUUCUUCUUAAUAGAUUUAAAAAAGAAAUAAUCAAAAUGUACUCGAAUCUUAAAAAAAAAGAAAAA